CGGGCGCGCGGCCCCGGCGGGCACCCCUCCGAGGGCGGCCGAGGAAGCUCCCGGGGGAGGAGGAGGAGGAGGAGGAGGAGGAGGUGGGGGGCUGUGGCGGCCGCGGGACCCGCUCGGCGCCUCGGCCUCUCCGCCCCCUCCCCAGCUUUUCUUUCGCCCUCUUCUCUCCCACUCCGGGCCGGCGCCUCGGCUUUGUGCGAGGAGAUGGUGUAGCCCCGCGGCCGCCCGAAGGAGGAGCUGGACACUUGUCUCCCGGCCCCGAGCUGCGUCCCCGCCCCUGGAGGAGAGACCCCCCUCGGCUCGGCGCCUCCCGCCUUUCCCGGCUGCUGGGGUAGCCUCGGCGCGGCGGACACCAUGAGUGAAGAAAUUUGAAACAUAAGAUGUUAUCUUGCCUGAGUGGAGUCAGGGACUACUCAGUCACGGUGCUGUCCAUUGCUUGCUAGUGGCCACUCCAUAUCUCGGGGCAGAAGAGCCUAGCAGAAUUUGUUAUAUAGACCUUGAAGCAAGCCUGAUGAUAAAAGUAAUUUUGCCAGUAAAGAGAGUGAACAGAGUAUCUGUCAGGCAAGAGCUGCUGUGAUGGUUUACGAUGAUGCCAAUAAAAAGUGGGUGCCAGCUGGUGGUUCAACCGGGUUCAGCAGAGUUCAUAUAUAUCAUCAUACAGGCAACAACACAUUCAGAGUGGUGGGCAGGAAGAUUCAGGACCAUCAGGUCGUGAUAAAUUGUGCCAUUCCUAAAGGGUUGAAGUACAAUCAAGCUACACAGACCUUCCACCAAUGGCGGGAUGCUAGACAGGUGUAUGGUCUUAACUUUGGCAGCAAAGAAGAUGCCAAUGUCUUCGCAAGUGCCAUGAUGCAUGCCUUAGAAGUGUUGAAUUCACAGGAAACAGGGCCGACAUUGCCUAGACAAAAUUCACAGCUACCUGCCCAAGUUCAGAAUGGCCCAUCACAAGAAGAAUUGGAAAUUCAAAGAAGGCAACUACAAGAACAGCAACGACAAAAGGAGCUGGAGCGGGAAAGGCUGGAGAGAGAAAGAAUGGAAAGGGAGAGAUUGGAAAGGGAGAGGUUAGAAAGGGAAAGGCUGGAGAGGGAGCGACUAGAACAGGAGCAGCUGGAGAGAGAGAGACAAGAAAGGGAACGUCAGGAUCGUCUGGAGCGGGAGAGACAAGAGCGGGAGAGGCUGGAGAGACUGGACCGGGAAAGGCAAGAAAGAGAGCGGCAAGAGCAGCUAGAAAGGGAGCAGCUGGAAUGGGAGCGAGAGCGAAGAAUGUCAAAUGCCGCUGCCCCUGCCUCUGUGGAGACUCCUCUAACCUCUGUGCUGGGAGACUCCUCUGCUUCUGAGCCAGGCUUGCAGGCAGCCUCUCAGCCGGCCGAGACUCCAGCCCAGCAGGGCAUUGUCUUGGGACCACCUGCACCUCCACCCCCUCCUCCACUCCCACCAGGUCCUGCCCAGGCAUCAGCCGUACUUCCUCCUCCCCCAGGACCCCCUCCACCCCCUCCACUUCCGUCCUCAGGGCCCCCGCCUCCACCUCCUCCACCGCCUCUUCCUAAUCAAGUACCCCCUCCUCCCCCGCCACCUCCUGCUCCUCCCCUCCCUGCAUCUGGAUUUUUUUCGGGAUCCAUGUCUGAAGACAAUCGCCCUUUAACUGGACUUGCAGCUGCAAUUGCUGGAGCAAAACUUAGAAAAGUGUCACGGAUGGAGGAUGCCUCUUUCCCAAGCGGAGGAAAUACCAUUGGUGUGAAUUCGGCCUCAUCUAAAACAGAUACGGGUCGUGGAAAUGGACCCCUCCCGUUAGGGGGCAGUGGUUUAAUGGAGGAAAUGAGUGCCCUGCUGGCCAGGAGGAGAAGAAUUGCUGAAAAGGGAUCAACAAUAGAAACAGAACAAAAAGAGGACAAAAAUGAAGAUUCAGAGCCUGUAAGUUCUAAGGCCUCUUCAACAAGUACCCCUGAACCAACAAGAAAACCUUGGGAAAGAGCAAGUACAAUGAAUGGCAGCAAGUCACCUGUUAUUUCCAGACCAAAAUCUGCACCCUCGUCACAGCCCAGUGCCAACGGAGUCCAGACGGAGGGACUGGAUUAUGACAGGCUGAAGCAGGACAUUUUAGAUGAAAUGAGAAAAGAAUUAGCUAAGCUAAAAGAAGAGCUCAUUGAUGCAAUCAGGCAGGAACUGAGCAAGUCAAAUACUGCAUAGAGAAUCAAACUAAGGAGAGAUAGGACUUUAAUCUGGAGAAAGGAAAAGAAAAAAAAACCUACAAAGAACAACUGUGUUAACAACAACAAAACCCUUACAUCUUGUGAGCUGUAAGAAGAAAAUGGAGACAAACAGUCGGAAGGAGGGAAAAACCAACAUACUUUGAAAGCCUUCAGACAUUACUACUCUGGCGAUAAGCUGUUUCCCUCACAGUUUUCUGCUUUUCUCUGACCUUUACAACGGGAUGGAGGAGAGUCGUAUAGGAGUUCCUGUAUCAGUUAUGCAGAAAAUACUGAAUCCGUCAGGCAAGAUCACCGUGCAUUGAAAUACUUUCAUGUCAAGAGAAAAUCGCACGUUUUCCACAAUCCAUUGCUAAAAUAAAGAGGAGAAAGGCUUGAGAAUUUUUUUUCAGAGAAUGGUGAUGAGGAAUUUAGCAAGUUAUGCUAUUGUAUUGUAAAUGUUUCUCUCAGGUUUGUCUUCCUAUCAUAUUUGAUAUUCCAUGAAUAAUUGAGUUCAGCCCUAUGUAGGUUAAGAUCAUAAAAUGUGGAACAAGUGGAAUUGUAUGUGCUUUCCAAGGGUGAUAUUUAUAAGAAAGUGUCCUAAAAAUGAUUUGUUCGCAGUGAGGAAUUUUAGAAUGAUAGGAAGUCUCUCGAGUUUAGCCUUCAUGCAAUUUUGUAGAUUCAAACAUAAAAUUUGUCCAGAAUUUAAAGAUUUAGAUGCCUUCCUAAAUUGUUACAAUGCUUUACCAAAUCUGUGACUCCUACAUAACACAAACCAGUGGUCAAAUGUAAAACAGUAUAUUGUAGAUUCACUGUAGGUUUUCAGCCUUUUUUAGAUUUAUGCACGUGGACAUUUUUAUAAUGUAAUUACAACCACCACAAAAUUAGCUUUUUAAAUGGCAGACAGUAAUGCAUGUCAGACUAAUAUGUAGUGGCCUUUUCAAGGCCUAGUCCCAGGGAAAACAUUUUGUAGCGUAUAGGGGAGCGGGAGGAAGGGAAGGAAUAAUUUUUUAUUUAAAGUGAAUUUCUGCACUAUCUUCGUUCUCAGUUAUCUGCAUGAAUAAUAAUGAGGAAUAUUUUGUGACUUUAAUUGGUAAAUAUGUUAACAGCACCAAGUACUUAAUCUUUUACAUCAUGUCUUCAGCUAUUUGUAUUUUAACUUGAGUAAGUUCAGUGGUCUGAAACAUGAUUCUGAGCUUCACAUGAAUUACAUCUUAGUGUGGAACUCAAAAGUUCCAUCCCUGAAUUUGACAGUUGUUAUUACCUGGGCGCCCUGCAGUUAUACAGGUAUUCAGGUACACAUUCCUGACUACAGAGCUGCUUUUGAACCUUGUUAUGUUGAAAUACUAGAAAAGUAACAAUGAUGGCAGCAGUUAAGGUCACAGAAAUCAUUAGAUAAAGGGAAAACAACGAGGGGGGGGUCCUGCAUAAUUUUCUUCUAAUAAAUAAAGUGAGACUUAGGUGGUGGGAAAAAGGAACUAGAUACUCUACGUAACACCGUGUGUGCGCGUGCGUGCGUGUUUGUGCAGGCUCUCACGUGUGUGUAUGUUAUCCACUCCCUUUUCUUUGAAACUUCUAAGAUUAAAAUAGGGGAGAAAUCCUGUAUGUUGCAAUGAUAGAAUUUUUUGAAAUUUUAGGAAAUCACAGUUCUCCAGGCUCUCCAUCUUGAUUUAUGCUUGAGUUAUUAUGUGCCAUAUUUGCUUUGAAACCUUUGAUUAUCAGUAGUUUUACUAAAAUUUUGAAGAAAUAAUCCACUUUCUUCUGCUUUCUAGAUUUUCUUAAUCUAAGUUCAUAAGACAGAGCCUGUUGAUAGCAUAG